GCCCUGCCCGCCGCGCUGCUCCCCGCGAACGGCGGCCCCGCGCCCGCGCCCUGUCCCGCCACCCUGGGCGCCUUCGCCGACGUGCUGGUCCGCUGCGAGGUGUCCCGCGUGCUGCUGCUGCUGCUGCUGCAGCCGCCGCCCGCCAAGCUCCUGCCGGAGCACGCCCACACUCUGGAGAAGUACUCCUGGGAGGCUUUCGACGGCCACGGGCAGGACGGCAGCGGCCAGCUUCCCGACGAGCUGUUCCUACUGCUCCAGUCCUUGGUCAUGGCCGCCCACGAAAAGGACACGGAAGCCGUCAAGUCUCUGCAAGUGGAGAUGUGGCCCCUGCUGAGCGCCGAGCAGAACCACCUCCUUCACCUGGUGCUGCAAGAAACCGUCUCCCCCUCGGGACAGGGCAUCUGAGGACUCACGUGAGCGAGGGGACUCUCGGCCUGGUACCAAGCCUCGUGCGUCUCUCUCGGCGCGUGGGGGGAAGUACGAGACGUGCAUCCCGGCACAGUUCUACCUUGGUGUGCCGCAUUCCUCUGGCCCCCGUAGCCAUGUAGUUCACUGGGCGUUUCGUGUGUCCCGAAGACUUAUUUCCAUGACAGAGAGAGGGAAAACCAACCGGGACAGCAUGAUGGAAUUGGUAAGGAAGACGGGACUGUCUUCCCCAAGGCUGCAACGUGACACUGAGAACUCCCUUGGGGGCGCCUGGGUGGCUCUGUCGGGAGUCUGAUUUCAGCUCAGAUAGAGAUCUCACUGUUAGUGGGUUCGAA